UUCGUUUUCAAACCACGAUGCACGAAAUAUUCCAGGAGCAAGAAAAACUUGUCUUUGAUGGUGGGUUUGCCACAGAGUUGGUUGCUAGGAAAUUUAAUAUAGAUGAUGAUCCACUCUGGAGUGCAAGACUUCUCUCUACGAACCAAAAUGCCAUUUUGGAUGUACAUAAAAGUUUUCUUGAAGCAGGAGCAGAUGUAAUCAUUUCAAGCACAUACCAGGCUAGUAUUGAUGGUUUUCGAAAACAUUUGGAUUGCACUGUUUCAGAAGCGCAGGAACUAAUCCAACAAGGUGGAAAACUUGCGAAAAACGCAUGUCAGGAAUUCUGGGAAGGUGUAAACAAUGAAUCUAAAGUGGAUCGAAGGAAACCCGUAGCAUGUGCAUCUAUGGGACCAUACGGAGCGUGUUUGCAUGAUGGUUCUGAAUAUACUGGUUCUUACAUUAGACAUAUAUCUCAGCUGGAAUUAAAGAAUUGGCACAAUCAACGAAUUUCAAUCUUAGCGAAAGAAGACUUGGAGUUGUAUCUUUUUGAGACUAUUCCAGCACUUGAUGAAGCUGCAGCAAUCAUUGACCUUGUAAAAGAAUAUCCGAACUUAAAGUUUGCUGUUUCAUUCUCUUGUAAGGACGGAUCACACAUCGCGCAUGGGGAAACUUUGUCCGAUGCAGUGACGUUAUUAAAUCGUUCCCAACAGGUUGUUGCUGUUGGGAUUAACUGCACAUCACCUGUUUAUAUAUCAUCCUUGCUUAGAAGUGUAAAAGAUAUAACAGAGAAGAAGUUACUCAUCAUGCCGAAUAGUGGAGAGAUUUGGAAGAAUAACAAAUGGCAUACCGACAUGGAAAUGCGAACAUUCGCUAGCUACGUGCCAGAAUGGAUCAAAGAAGGCGCACGUUGGAUAGGAGGCUGCUGUCGGACAACACCUGAUGACAUCAAGCAUAUCCGUUCUGUUUUAUAUCACGACAAAGUUCCAUAAUGGCAUUACUUGUAGUGACGAAUGUACAGAAGAAGAUUGUCUAUCAUAACUUCUGUGUAGAUGGCAAAAGAGAAGCUUGUGUGUCGUUUGUAAUUAAUUUUUUUACAGUCAAAAUUAUAAUUAUAUCCAGGUGGUAUAUUUCAUGGGUUUUUAUUUUAGAAUUAAACAAGUAUUCUA